AUGGUCAAUGAAAUAAGGCCUCCGAAGGAAGCUGCCUCCGUCCAAACUCGGAACGAAACCGUGCCCGAUUUCGAUGACGACUUCGACAGGCUAAAGCGUGCCUUGGGCUCGGUUAAAUCUUCUGUCACGCAAGGCAUAGAUCUGACGAGUCUUCGCGGCAACCAAGGUGGCUCAACGUUCGGGCAUCCGGUGAAAAUGAUGUCGUCCCGUAAGAAGAAGGCGGAUGUUUUCAUCCAUCAGAAAAACCGUCCUGAGCAUCACCUGGGCGGUACAAGAGUCUCUGGACCACGACCUCCCUCAUAUCAAGAUCGCCGGCCCCCAUCACUGCCUGUGUUCGACUCCAACGGUCCAUCGAGGAUCGGGUCCUCCUAUGCCGAGGAGGUUUUCUAUACCGACCCCGCGAAAGCCAACGAUGAUCUGAAAGCAUUGCUGGAAGGAGGCAUGGAUGAAAAUGACCAAGAUGAGCAUGAUGGACCUGAUCCAGCAACACAUGAUGCCGCUGCGGACCAGGUUCGGGAACCACCAUCUACAACAGAAAACGCCGCGCCGAAAACAGGUAUUCCCGACAAGGAGAGGAUUAUAGGCAAAGAUGGCUCUAUUCAGGGCCUGAAGGUGAGGUUGCUGCCUCACCAAGUCGAAGGCGUGGAGUGGAUGCGCGGCCGUGAGCUUGGCCCCGUCAAGAGAGGAAAGGUGCCCAAAGGUGGCCUCCUGGCCGAUGACAUGGGUCUGGGGAAAACACUACAGAGCAUUUCUCUCAUUCUUACCAACCGGCGGCCCGAAAAGGACAGUGCCGGUUGGAAGAAAAACUUUGAAGGAGUCGAGAAAACAACGCUAGUCGUCGCGCCGCUGGCUCUCAUCAGACAGUGGGAACACGAAAUCGAAGACAAGGUUGCCAAGUCGCAUGGUCUCAAGGUUCUUGUCCACCACGGCCCGCAGAGAACCAAGGACGUCAAAGAACUGGCUCGGUAUGAUGUUGUGGUGACUACAUUCCAAAUCCUGGUCUCCGAGCACAGUGGCUCUUCGGAUGCUGAGAAUGGUGCCAAGGUUGGCUGUUUCGGGCUUCGAUGGUGGCGAGUCAUUCUGGAUGAGGCACACACCAUCAAAAACCGCAACGCCAAGUCGACAAAGGCAUGCUACGCGCUCCGCUCAGAGUAUCGUUGGUGUUUAUCUGGAACUCCGAUGCAAAAUAACCUGGACGAACUGCAAUCUUUGGUAAAAUUUCUUCGCAUAAGCCCCUACGACGACUUCAGACACUGGAAGGAGCACAUCGACAAGCCCAUGAAGAAUGGCAAAGGUCACAUUGCCAUUCAGCGCCUUCACAGCCUUCUCCGCUGUUUCAUGAAGAGACGGACCAAAGAGAUAUUGAGGAAACAAGGUGCCCUAAACCCUGGAGGCGAGCCAAGCACCGAAGGUGAGCCAUCAUCGACAGGGUUUAGGCACACUGAGCGCAAGGUGGUGACUGUAUCGGCCAAGCUUGACCCGGUGGAGCGCAAAUUCUACGAUCGAUUGGAAGCCAGGGCGGACAAGAGCAUGGAAGCAAUGAUGCGCAACAAACUCAGUUACGUGAACGCGUUCACGCUCCUGCUACGACUUCGACAAGCUUGCAACCACCCCAAGCUUCUCGAGGGUAAAUUGGAAAAGGACAGGGAGGCUCUGUCUACUGGUUCAAGUCAAAAGGCUCAAGAUGUUGAUAUGAACGCAAUCGCUGACAUGUUCGCCGGAAUGGGCAUCGUGUCCAAGACUUGCUCGAUAUGCGGCAAAGAGUUGCCACUCGACGACACAACACUGCAGGAGGACCAUUGUGCCGACUGUCGCGACGAUCUGGAUUACUUUAAUUCGCAGGGAAGCUUGCCAGCACGGCAGCCCGAGAGAUGCAGGCGCAAAAGGGAUCACAAGUCCAAGGGGAAGAAGAAGGCAGCAAGGACAGGCGAAUCCAACGCGCAGGCUACAUUGCGUGCUCGGCGGCGCCCGCGCAAUCGAAACGCAGUCAUUGACAGUGAUGACGAAACCGAGGCUGACGGCAGCUGGCUCGUGCCAGAAGAUGAGCGCGGCGAAGAACGGCUGGGGAAGGCUGGUGGCGAGGAAGACGAGAACGCUGAAGGUGGGGGCGACUGGAUCGGAUCUCAGGACUCUGAAGAUGACGUCGAUGACCAAGAUCAAAGCAGUCUGAUCAGCUUCAUUGUCGACGACGAGGCAGAGAGUAAAGCAAAGGGACGCCGGCCGGUGGGCGACCAAGAUGCAGACGACUCCCUCUUGUCAGUGGACGCUCUUACUCAUGCCAUGGCCUCGCAGACUCUGGAGGACGGGAUGCCAGUCCCGGCAAAGGACACUGAAUCAGCAGCUGGGUCAGGCUUGGAAGACGAUGCUGUUUCAGGUUCGGACUCGGACGCUACGGACUCUGAUCCGGACCCGUCUUCCAGGGACGGCAGCGGCGACGAUGGCGGCUGGCUUCGAUCUGGGAAGGGGACCCAAGUGGUCGCCUCUGCCAAGAUUCGCGAGCUGUCCAAGCUUCUCCACGCGGAAGCAAAUCAGCACAAGUUCAUCGUCUUUUCUCAAUUCACGUCCAUGCUGGACUUGGUCGAGCCGUUCUUGGACGACGACGGGUUCGAAUUCGUCCGCUACGACGGCAGCAUGAAGAACGACGAUCGGGAGGAGAGUCUCCGCCGACUGCGCGAGGAUCCAAACACUAGGAUUCUCCUCUGCAGCUUGAAAUGCGGCAGCUUGGGCUUGAAUCUGACAGCCGCAACGCGGGUGAUUAUUGUUGAGCCAUUCUGGAACCCGUUUGUUGAAGAGCAAGCAAUCGAUCGCGUGCACAGGCUCACACAGACCGUCGACGUGGUCGUGUACAAACUCACCGUUGCCGACACGGUAGAGGCCCGGAUCAUCGAUCUGCAAAACAAGAAGCGCGAGCUGGCGGAACAGGCCAUUGAGAACGGUGCCAAAAAGGGAGCCGUCAAGCUGGGCCUCAACGAGAUUAUCGACCUGUUCAGACCUGCCGGGCAUCAGGAUGUCCCGCGGCCCGCGCCUGGGCCGUUGGGCGACGGCGGGCGGUCGGCGAACAGCUCGCAAGGCUUGCUGACGAGGAAGCCCGCCGCGAGGGAUGAGAGUGCUGUCUACGGAAGGAGAUGGUGA